AUGACCGACUCGUCUACCAAAUCCUUCUCGCUAGGCGUGUGCUUAUACAAAGGGCUCACCGUCCUAGACUUUCAGGGCGUCGUUGAGAAUUUGUGCCUCUUGUCGGCGCAACAGCGCGCCCGUAUUAUGCCCGAUGCUCCUGGACCGGAGAUCACGCCGAUAACAUACCUGGCUGAUACUCUGGAUCCUGUGAAGCCGGGUUUUUCGGGCGAGGCUGGCCCGCGUCUGCUGCCCGACGCGACUUACGCAGAGACGACGCAACAGUUCGAUAUCCUGGUCAUACCUGGGGGCGUGCUUGGGUACCCGGACGCUGUUCCCAAGUCCCUCUUGGACUUUCUCGCCCGUCAGGUGCCAGGAGUCAAAUAUAUGUUGACCGUGUGCACCGGCUCUUGGAUCCUCUCAGCCACAGGCCUGCUUGACGGGCGCCGCGCCACGACAAACAAGUCCUGGUUCAAGAAGAUUGCCGAGGCAACCGCCUCGCACAACAUUCAAUGGGUCCCGAAGGCGCGGUGGGUGGUGGAUGGCAAGUUUUGGACCGCGUCGGGCGUGAGCGCAGGCAUGGAUAUGGCGAAUGCGCUCGUCAAGCAACUCAUUGGUGAAGAGGGAGCGCGCCUCGUCGCAAAUGACAUCGAGAUGCGUCCGCGCAGCGCUGACGACGAUGAGUUUGCUGCAGUGAAUGGCCUGGUUUAG